CAGUAAAGGAAUUGCAAAAAAAAUGGAGAUCACUACGAGAUUGUUUUGCGAGGGAGAUGAAAAACUUGAAAUUACCUAGUGGCAGUAGCCAAAAGAAGAAGAAAAAGUAUGUGUACUUCGAUCAACUGCUGUUCCUCACUGCGAACAACACUGACAGGAGGACAACCACCAAUGUUCCUGAUGAGCAACCCGACAUUGGAAACGAAAAUGCGGCUACUGAAGAAAACAACGAAGAUUUGACUGAGGUAGUUGCUUCAGAACCAGCAACACCUAACCAAGUAGCGCCCAACCAAGCAGCGCCUAACCGUAUCAACAAAAAAUAUCGACAGACUCCCUUUGAAAUGGCCGUACUUAAACAUUUGACAAAUGCAAGCAAGCCAACGGAUGAAGAAGAAGAAGCUGAUAAGCACUUUCUACUAUCCUUUUUUGCCUAUGUUAAAAACCUUCCUGUUGACAAAAAAUUGUGGGUUCGGAUGAAAUUUACGGAAGUUAUGCAGCAAGCCUUGGCAGUAGAACGCUAUAACCCUCCCCCUGCAUUUUUUGCCCACUCAAGUCACCAGUGGCAGCAGCUACCAAAACGUCCCUAA